UUUUAAUGAAUAUGAGUAUCUAGUGAUAAAAAAGGUUAUGAAUAGUCUGUUUCGCAGAGGACAAACGCAAGACUAUUUGAGUGAAGACAGUGUAACUGAUCCCUCUCUAUCGUAUCUCUGUCUGUAGUAGUCCCAGAAGACUGAGAGCGCCCCUAAAAUGAUGCCUACAGCUAAAGGCAUGUCCCGAAUGAUACCCACUCACGUUCUGAGAGUGGGUCAAACUGUCCGCCUGGACUCGGCGCACAAGACCGUCAACCAACAUCCCAGUGUCACGGAGGCCGGCAGUAACAAUGGUGACUCUGAUCUUGAUAUUUCAAUGGAUAAUCUCAACCAGCUCAUCCUGGAACUGGAUCCAACAUUUAAACCCAUUGAAGUCAACAAGAGUCCUCUAACAGACGACUCAGAUGAAGACGUCGCCCACUGCGUGUUGGUCCCUCGAGGUUGUUCUCCCCGCUCCCUGCCCACCUUGGUCCCAUCAGUGUCACCCAGUAUACCCAUCCCAACACACAGAAGUGCCAGCUGCAGUCCCCAUGGCACACUGGUGUUCUCCAGCUCCCCUACCUCCUCACUGCCUCCGCUGCCGUGUGGAAGUGCACCCAGACGAUAUCCCUCACAAAAACAUGACGCAAACCUUUCCCAAGGGUCCCUGCGCUUGUCACACUCAAACAGAAACAGUGCUGCCUCGCUCCUCUCCAUGUCAACAUGCUCAGACACCAGCUACAUCCUUGGCAGCAACCUGUCCCUGGCCAGUGAAGAUGCUGAUGCUGACUCUCCAGAGUCCAUCCUAACUCGCUCGUCUGGCUCCUUCAGUGAUGGGUCCAGAACGAGGCCAUUUCAUGACGGGCACAGCCCAGACAAGCCCCCGCUGUUAAGGCGAGGACAUCUACAGGAGCAUCACGGCAAAGGAGCGCAGAGCAGUCCGUCUUCGCUCUCUGGGUCAUACAAUGAUAUUCCGGUACUGCUUAUCAACGGUGAGCCACAGUCGGAUCAGCACAUCCAGUCCCCUGGAACAGAAAUGGACUUGAUACAGACCACCCUUGUGUCCAACUCAAAGCCAUCUCAGAGUUUCCAAGCCCGUUUUAAUGGCAGCCAGCCCUCAAUGAAGUUUGUCAUGGACACUUCCAAGUUUUGGUUCCGUCCACAUAUCAACAGAGCAGAAGCUGAAGCCCUGGUAAAGGAUAAGGAGGCAGGGACAUUUGUGGUGAGAGACAGCACCUCCUACAAAGGCAGUUUUGGCCUGGCUAUGAAAGUGGACCAAAUUGCCGCCAACUUCACUGCUACCACCUACCCAGGAGAGAGCAGUUCAGAUCUUGUCAGACACUUCCUUAUUGAAUCAUCCGCUAAGGGCGUGCGCAUCAAAGGCUCUUCUCAGGAACCAUACUUUGGUAGUCUCUCUGCCCUGGUUUACCAGCACACCAUUUCUGCUUAUGCUUUACCCUGCAAAUUAGUGCUCCACUCUCAAGAUCUGGGCGCAGCAGAAGAGAGGGCAAAUAACAAACCAGCAUCUGAUGACAAGAGUAGAACAGCUUGCAAUUUUGUCUACCUGAAUGCUGUCCCCACUGAGAUGCUGACGGGCCCUUGCGCAGUACAGAAGGCGGUGUCCUCUACAUUUGAGAAGGCCCCGGGUUCCUUUACACCAACCAUAAUCAACCUGAAGGUGUCUUUGAAGGGUGUUACACUAACAGAUAUCAACAGGAAGCUCUUCUUCAGACGCCAUUACCCUACUCACCUGCUUAGCUACAGUGGUGAAGAUCCAGACCAUCGACUGUGGGUGAACGGGUCCAGUUUUGGUGCAAGGAUGUUUGGCUUCGUGGCGAAAGGUGUGGAGGCUGGCAUGGAGAAUGUAUGCCAUGUCUUUGCAGAAUAUGACCCCCUUCAGCCUUGCAACAAAGUCACCAAGGUUAUUCAGGCCGCCAUAGCCAAGCCGUAGACACACAGGAGGCUGAGACAACAUGAUACAGCACUGCGUCCUGAGUCCUGCAGCGGCCCUGGUUUAAAAUGUAUCUUAAAAAAAAAAAAAAAGUUCUUAGGACGACCCAGACUCUGCCACGGUUACAUAUUGGUGAAAAUGUGGCAUAUAUGAAGAUAUACAAGACUGAACAGCUGUCAAUCAGGAACACAACAGGCAACAGACAAGGAUCCCGUUUACAACUAGUUUGUAAAAAUGUUGGUUACACUCCCAAAAAAGAAUUUCAAUGUGAAAUGUACUUGUAGAAAAUGUCAGAAACCGACAGCUUACAUAUGUGUCAAACUCAAGGCCCGCAGGCCAAACCCGGCCCCUCUUAGGUUUUAAUCCGGCCUGCAUAUCAAGUUAGCUUCACAAUAAAUAUAAAUGUAUGCACAAAACCCC